AAUCCAUUAAAUACGAAAUGCAAUUUCGUUGGAUAUGAAAGUGUGCUCUAUCAUGAGUGUUGCAGUCGAUUUGGCUUUAAAAGUGUGGUUUCGGAACAGAUACUUUUCACACUAUUGUUGGGUAGCUUGGCAACACAGAUUGAAGCCCAGGCCUCAUCGUUUAGCAGAAGCUAUUUUAGUUCAGCAGCGGCAAGUCCCAGUUCUCACUACUAUCAUCAUCAGAGAAGCGGAUUUGUGCCUCUAACCUACAAGAGUGAUUUGAUUAAUGAAGAAUCCAAACAUAAGUCCUCUAAAUAUGUCAAAAAAGCAUACAAAGGAUACAACUCGGAAGAGGAAGAUGCUUCUUCAGAACGUUACUCAUCGGGUGAGUAUUCGAAUGAGGCACGCCAUCCAUUUUUGGGCAAAGAACACGAUAGUCGUGAAUAUACCAUAGGCACUCACAUACGCGUACAACAUCCCAUAACUGUGCCUAAGAAGGUCAAGGCCUCCUCAUAUCCAACCAAGAGCGCAAAAUUCUCCACUCUUCAAAAUAUUGGCAGUAGCUAUUCCCUGGAUAGUUCCCAGGAAAAUCAUGGAACUUCGGAUUACUUUCCCACACCUGUCAAAAAACAAAAAUUCCCCAAAGUCUAUGAGGCAGAUCCUUUCCAUGUUAUUGCCCCACCCAAAUCUACAGCAGCAUCUCUGAUUGGCCAACACCAUUCGAACUCGAAUUACGAUGUUUUCGAACAGCAUGCCGAUUCAUAUGAAAAUUCUGACGUAUCUCUAAAACAAGUCAAGUCCAGUCUACGAGAACGUUUCAAUGGGGUGGCUUCUAAAAAGCAAAUCGAGCAGUAUUUAAAGGAUCAAGAGAAGCUAUUGGAUGAAGCUCUAAAGCUGCAACUGCUGAGUAGUCCGAAAUUUCAAAAACUUCUGAAAACAGCUGAAAAAGAGAAUUUCAAUAAGGAAAUUGAUUUUGAAGAGGAAUACAUUGCCAAUGGCCCACCCUCGUUCCGAGAACAUUUUCCCAAAGGGGCACUGCAUCCGAAUUCCAAGCGCUCUCGUAGACGUCCACCCAGCUCGGAAUUUAGUCGGCCCCACAAACCAGUGGUAGUAUCGAAACCUAGCCGAAAGUAUCGUCAUGCUUAUGUCAUUGAGGUGUAAGAGCGCGAAGUGCAGACGUUAGUAGAAGAUGACGUUAUGAUUGUUUUAAGAUUAAGUUUUAUUUAUAAUGUUGCUCAUAAUGAAAUUGUUGUUUAUAGU